AUGGCGAAGGUGUUUCGCGCGGUGACAGUAUCGACUUUGUCAAACAAUGGACAGUCAACAGCGAAAUUUAACAAGCCGGUCACGCUCAAUAUCAACUAUGAUCCGCAGGGUCUCAGUGUUGAGUUCCUUGCAGGAGACCCAAAUGGUAGGGAUAAAGCAACAUUAUUAGAAUUUCCAGUGACUCCUAGUACUGAGUGUUCUAGAGUUUCAUCUAGAAGUUAUGUAUUCACACUUGAUACAGAUAGUUUGCUUGUAACAUUUGCUAAUGAAACAGAUUUUAGAAAUUUUCAUUCACAAAUAUUAAAAUUGAAGAAUGGAAAGGGUAUAUCUGCAUUUAAUGAAAGGACUGAAGAAUCCUCAGCCAUGCAAUACUUUCAGUUCUAUGGCUACCUCUCCCAGCAACAAAAUAUGAUGCAGGACUACAUUAGGACUAGUACAUACCAGCGAGCAAUUCUGGGAAAUCUAUCUGAUUUUAAAGAUAAAGUUGUGCUUGAUGUAGGUGCAGGUUCUGGUAUAUUAUCAUUCUUUGCAGUCCAAGCAGGUGCAAAGAAGGUGUAUGCUGUAGAAGCAAGUAAUAUGGCAAAUCAUGCAGAACUAUUAGUUGCUGCUAAUAAUUUAUCAGAUAAGAUUAUUGUAAUAGCUGGUAAAAUAGAAGAAAUUGAUUUACCUGAAAUAGUAGACUGCAUAGUGAGUGAGCCCAUGGGUUACAUGUUGUAUAAUGAAAGAAUGCUUGAAACUUAUCUUCACGCGAAAAAGUGGUUAGUUCCAGGUGGAAGAAUGUUUCCCUCACGAGGAGAUCUUCACAUAGCUCCGUUUUCCGACGAAAAUCUUUACAUGGAACAAUUUAAUAAGGCUAACUUUUGGUACCAAACAUGUUUCCACGGUGUAGAUCUCUCAGCAAUGAGAAACAACGCGAUCAAAGAGUACUUUAGGCAACCAAUCGUUGAUACGUUUGAUAUAAGAAUUUGUAUGGCUAAAUCUAUCAGGCAUAUUGUAGACUUUCAAACUGCUAAUGAGACUGAUUUACAUAAAAUAGAAAUUGAUGUCGAUUUUCAUAUAUUGGAAAGUGGCACUUGUCAUGGCCUUGCAUUCUGGUUCGACGUUGCAUUUAUCGGAUCGACGCAACAGGUUUGGUUAAGUACAGCUCCCACAGAACCUCUAACCCAUUGGUAUCAAGUUCGUUGCCUUUUGGAAAAUCCUUUGUUCUGUAAAAGUGGUCAGCUGUUGUCUGGAAAGGUCAUUCUCGUUGCGAACAAAAGACAAUCGUACGAUGUGACAAUAGAUCUGAAGCUAGAAGGAACGAAUAUGGAAAGCAGUAGUAACACUUUGGAUUUGAAAAAUCCGUACUUCCGAUACACAGGUGCAGCAGCGCAGCCUCCUCCCGGUUUAAAUAAUACCUCACCCAGUGAGUCCUAUUGGACGACAUUAGAUGCCCAAGGCGCAAGGCAAGCAGUAAAUAUGGUCAAUGGAAUGUCAGUGAAUGGCUUGGGAGAAGUUUCUAUGGAUGCAACUGCAGCGGUGAAUCCCAGUAAUUUACUUGCAAUAGGUGGUCAGCCAAAUAUUCAUCCUGGAUCAAUUUCGAGCACAGGAAGGGGACGAGUAGGAGGUACAGCGACGAGUACGCAAGCAGCGCAAUUAAUAGGUGGCGGAAUCACUCCAAACAUGUUCACGUCUCCCGCUACGCUUGGUGUUACUUUCCAGCAAUCGCUGGUCCUUGGCAAUACUUCACAUUAUCCAGUGAAUCCCAGCUUGAUGAUCGGGGAUUAUGUGACACCUGGUAACGGCAUAUCGUCUCAAACGUAUCGACAAUGA